AUGUCGAUCUCUUCAAACUUGGUAAUACCACUGGAUUCAAAGCCCAUCAAGAUUGGACCGGAAGCCUUCUACCGCUGCAUAUCUCUUGCCAACAUUGUGCUUCCACAAAGGUCUAUUGCCGGAUUCAUGUCAGCACCCGAUUAUCGGAAACGGGACACGUUUGAUUCAUGUACAUUAUUGCAAGAUCGCUUUGGAAAUGGCAUGGGUUACGUUGUCGACGGUUUGGUAGCCCGUUUUGACGGUUUUCCUGUCCAUAAACUUUGUUAUGACCAUUCCUCUGUCACAGCCACAGAACUCGGCCAUUGUAUUAUUGAGGACCAAGGCGAGGAAUCACCGCUCGUUGAUCAGUUUGGAAUGACUCCAUUCCACGUUCUCUUUUCAACUCACGAGCCUCGUCAAGAUCUUCUCCAAGCCCUUCUAGACAACUACUAUCCAUACCAUACCGGUAUUCUGGACUGCAAAGACGCAAAUGGCAAACGACCUUUGGAUUAUUUGCUGUCCAACUGGACCGGAAUAAGCAUGUCUUUGUUUCGAAUAUCAUUGCAGAAGUGGAUGGUGGAUUCUAUGGUUCGUUGGGGUGCUACAUCCUGGAGAAAUGACAUGCAAACUAAAGUGCAAGCCAUUCUUGCGGAAGGGGACAUGGUUCAAAAGGCAAAUUUGUGCAAUGAAGCGUAUGGUUCCUUGGAAGGUUACGAAGGAAUGGGUGCCAUGUAUAUCUUGGAGAUUGCCUUGUGGAAAAGGAAACUCAAGGAUGGACGGAGCAAGGAUGGUACCAAGCGACAGGCGCUCGACCGAGAAGAGUGUCGUUGUGUCUGCGGGUCGAACAUUGUGGUUCCAAGUGUAAAAUUGUUCUUGGAAAUCGAUCGAAAUCAUCCAGACCGAGCUGAUUCUUCUCCACAUGAUUGA